AUGCAGAGCUCUAUGCAAGAGCUGUAUCAAACACCCGCCAUGAUGGAGACAUUGCAGAUCCGAGUACAAACCUUCUGGCCGAUUAGCAUCUCACCCACCAUUACAGGAAGCGUGAUGGCAGACAGCCACCCUCGCGUCCUCUCGCUCUCCACCGGUAAAGCCCAUACCUUCUCCAAAUCGCCCGCAUCAAGCCUAACCCUGAUUGCAAACUAUGGCGUCCAGGGCGACUGCCACGCAGGCACGACAGUCCAGCACCGAUCCAGGCUGCACAUCAGACCGGCUCUAGCGAACCUGCGACAGGUGCAUCUAAUGCCGCUGGAAAUCUUGCGACGAAUCUCAGACGGACUACCUUCCGACGAGAAGACAAAAUUAUUGUCACCCGGCGCCCUCGGACAGAAUAUCAUGACCCAGGGAGUGGAUCUACUGGGUCUUCCUGUUGGCGCAGAGUUGCAGUUUGUCACUGACGGUGACGGAGGAGGCGACGACGGGCCUGUUCUCGUUCUGACAGGGCUGAGGAACCCCUGCGCGCAAAUCAAUAGCUUCUGUCCUGGAUUGCAGGAGCAAUUCCUGGUCUGGGAUGCAAAGAGAGAUAUCACCGCGCGGCUGGCGGGGGUUAUGAGCACCGUCAGGGUUGGUGGAGAAGUUAGGGCUGGGAUGGGUAUUGUGGUUGUAAGGCCAGAAAAACAUGUGCUUCUGGGCCCUGUGUGGGUGGACCGCUCCUACCAUGGUAGAAUUAGGGAGUCCUGGCUAUGGGGAAAUUCGUACAUAGGAUGA